UCUUCACUUACCGGCUGUGUGCCUCCUGUAUGUGCAGAGCCCGAACGCUGCCUGAGGGCGGUGACUGGAAGUUGCCUCCUUUAUUCCGACUCAUUUGCCAUCGCUAGAGGUGCCUGUGCCGUGCGCUUAUCCCGCUCCGAGCGCCACUGAGCCAAUGGCAACAGAUGUCUUCAGUUCCAAAAAUCUGGCUGUACAAGCCCAAAAGAAGAUUCUUGGCAAGAUGGCCUCAUCAAAGUACAUAGCAACAUCCCUUAUUGACGAUACAAGCGGUGAAGUUCUAGAUGAACUGUACCAAUUGACGAGGGAGUACACCCAGAGUAAGAAGGAAUCCGAAAAAGUUAUAAAGAACCUCAUCAAAACCGUGAUCAAGCUGGCAGUCCUGUACAGGAAUAAUCAGUUUAAUGAGGAAGAGAUUGCACUCAUGGAGAAGUUCAAGAGAAAGGUCCAUCAGCUGGCCAUGACUGUGGUCAGCUUUUAUCAGGUGGAAUAUACCUUUGACCGAAACGUGCUUUCCAAAUUGUUAAAUGAGUGCCGGGAGCUGCUCCAUCAGGUCAUACAGCGCCAUCUCACGGCAAAGUCUCACGGACGUGUUAAUAACGUGUUUGACCACUUUUCAAAUUGUGAAUUUUUGGCUGCUCUGUACAAUCCCUUUGGACCUUUCAAACAGCACCUUCAGAGACUCUGUGAAGGAGUCAACAAAAUGCUGGACGAGGACAAUAUUUAAAAUUUUACUAACAUUCAAAGGCAAUGGCGUUACUGGAACAGCAGCGACUGGGAGUUGCUAAGGACCGAGGGGCCGCUUGGAAAAGAGGAUUUUGUUUGCAGAGACCGUGUACCAGUCUGACCCCGUGCAGGUUGCUAUUUUCGGGCCUUUACAGAAGUGGUAUAUCAGUUUACGGUCAUAAUAACAUGGAACAAAGCAAACUUUUAGAACUUGAUUCCCAAGGCAAUUCACGGAAAUGUAACAUUUCCCAGAGAUUCUAAAUGAAUUAGUUUAUUUAUGGUCUUAUAAAAGGUACCUUGAUUGGAUCCUGUUCCCCUUAUGUAUAUAAAAUGUGCAUUCUGAUACCUUUUGCAUUUAUACGAUCCUAAUAUGGAAAUGAAUAAAAGGCAGCUUUCUUUGCUUCUUCUAAAAGCUUUUUGUUCUCUGGACAAUUAUAUGUUUAUAAAGUAGGAAAUUGCUAUGCACUGUGCUAGACACGUAGGGGGGUUUACAGUAAUACUGUGUGCAGCCAUGAGUGCCACUGGCUAUAAAAGAUAUAUUUGUUUAAAACACACAAAGUUUUCCAUUGAAAAUGUAAUAGCAAAAGCACUGAAAAAGAAUUUUGUCUGAAAAUCUACCCAUGAAAGCUGCAUAAAUCAGGCUAUUGCUUCUCUUUAUAUAUAGAAAUGUGACUUCUGGAAACAAACAGGCUUGCAUUUAGUUGUUUGGGGCGCCAGAGCAAAAGGGACUUUGAGACCUUAAUAUUUUUUUUUAAAAGGUUUUUAUUUUGCAUUUUUAAACAAACAAAAAUAAACAAAGGAAAACAGAUAAAGUAAAAUAAAAUACUUGGCACUUA